UCCAGAUGAAAUCAGAGAUUAUUUAUUUCACUGGGGGAGAAAGAAAGAGAGAGGUAAGGACAGACAGAGCAGCAUUGCACGUCGAUAGUCUUGUCAGAACUAGCCGAACUAAUGCGUCUCUCAUAAGAGAGAUAUUGAUACCCGAUCAAGGGGCUCUUCAAAGUUUGGAUUCCUUCAUCCAGCCUGUGCGUAUUCUGUGCCAACCCGAGCAGGUGGAUCCUGUCAUGCCAUUUGGGUGCCUUGCUCUGCGAGAUGGGCGGACAUACAACAGCCUGUCAGACAUCACUGACAAAUACGAAAUUGGACAGGUCCUCAAGGCGAAAGAAUUUUGUGAGCUGUGCCUGAUGAAGGAACGACAGACAGACAAGGUCUAUGUGUGCAAGAAAUUCCUCAAGAAGGAUGGCAGGAAAGUGCGGAAGGCAGCCAAGAACGAGAUCAUGAUCUUGAAAAUGGUCAAACACCCAAACAUCCUACAGCUGAUUGAUGCAUUCGAGACCAGGAAAGAGUUCUUCAUCAUACAAGAGCUGGCCACAGGUGGAGAUGUGUUUGAUUGGAUCUUAGACCAGGGCAACUACACAGAGAGAGAUGCCGCCAAUGUAAUCCGUCAGGUCUUAGAAGCAGUGGCUUACAUUCACUCACUCAACAUAGUUCACAGAAACCUAAAGCUGGAGAACUUGAUGUACUACAGGGAGAGUAACCACAACAAAGUUGUGCUGCGGGAUUUCUACCUGUCCAGGUUUGAGAAUGGCUCAAUUACUGAACCCUGUGGAACACCUGAGUACCUGGCCCCUGAAGUGGUGGCCCGUCAUCGGUAUGGAAGACCAGUUGAUUGUUGGGCUGUGGGGGUCAUUAUGUACAUACUGUUGUCUGGAAACCCUCCCUUCUAUGAUGAAACAGAGGAGGAAAACACCGACAUGCACAACCGGAUCAUCUUCUGCCGCAUUGUUGCUGGAGAAUUUGAAUUUGAUUCACCAUACUGGGAUGACAUUUCCCCUGCUGCCAAAGAGUUGGUCUGCAGAUUAAUGGAGGUUGACCAGAUGCUGAGAAUUACUGCACAAGAUGCACUUCUACAUGAAUGGAUUGCCGGAAAUGGGGCUUCUGAAAAGAAUCUGAAGGAAGGAGUGUGCGCUCAAUUUGAGAAAAACUUUGCAAAGGCCAAGUGGAGGAAAGCAAUUCGGGUCACCACCUUCAUGCAGCGUCUCCGAGCAUCUGAAAUUGGAUCGGCUGAUGGGGUAGUAGAAGGCCAAAGUGAAGGGGUCCGAGCAGAUGUGUUAGAUGGUAAGGGGACACAAAUAGACUCAGGCGGAGUUUCUACUGUGAAUGUGUCCCAUGAGGUGACUGUUGAAAACAGUCCCUUGGAGAAUCAAAAAGAGGAGAAACCAGAACCCAGAAAAGCAGAGAAGGAGAAAGAAGACGGUGUGACAGUGUUGCCUUUAGAAGUUGCAGAGCUCCUUGCCCAAUCAAACAGAUCGUCAAAACUACAGAUGGAGGAGCUGAACAGGAAAGAUGUACAGAAAGAAAUUGAAAAAAGUGAAAAGGAAGACAAACCACUAACGGAUGCAAUCCAGAAACCAGCAACCUCCCAGGUCAUGAAGACCUCGAACAAUAAAGAAAACAAUGUCCCCACAGAGCCAGAGGCAAUAGCUGUUGAAAAAAAAUCAUCUUUCCCUGAUACUCCAAAUCGACGUAAAAUGGCUGCCAAUCUCUCAAUGGAUCAUGGCUUAUGUUCUGAUGCCAAAACUGGUACCUUGUCAGUUGGGAAGGAACAACCUCUUAAAACAGAGGAGAAGGUGGACACAAUGCAGGAUGUGGCCCAAAGUAGCUGGUGUCAAACACAGCUUCCAGAAGCAGUGGCAGAGAGGCCAGUUGAGGUAGGGGUGACUGGAGAGGUUAACUCCAAAAGCAGAGAGACAAAGAAAGCAAAAACAGACAAAGGUAGACAGUCAGUGAAAAACAUCCAGUCUACAUAUCCAGGAUUGGGAUCUUUAAGUCUUGGCCAUGAUAAAGAUGUAUUUGAGCAGAAGCUACAAGAGAUGGUUCAUGGCGCACCCGGAUAUGGGAUCCCAUAUUAUCCAACACCUUAUUCUGUUAGUGGUGGGGCUAUGUAUGGUGGUCUAGAUCCAGGAGGUGGAGCCAGCGUUGACUGGCAAAUGGACUGUGUAAUUGAACAAAUUGAAAAACAAAUGGCUGCUGUGCUUGAGAAGAUUGAAGGAGACAUGCCUUCAUUGCUAGAGCAGAUCAGUGACCGUCCAGAGACCCUGCCUAGAGCGAAGAGUGCCAGCUCUUCCCCUUCGCCUCGACCUCGCUCGUAUCAUCAUUCAACCCCUCCACCCCUUCCCACCACACCACGCCCAGCAAUGCCUUCUCUACCACAUCUGACCAUCCCUCCUCCCUCUUACCCACCACCCUCCCCACCCGGUCACAUCCAGGGUCACAGCCAUCCAACUGCUGAUGACAGCGAUGGCCAGAGGAAUACAGUGCGGUCUGGCCAUUCACCAAGGGGAAGUGUGUCAGGAAAAGGGUUGUAAAUGUACGUUAAGGAGAGUGUAAGCUCUAACUAGGUAAGCCAUGUAAAACAAUAACAUCUUUGGGUUAUGGAUAAUGAAUGAGUGCCAACAUUUUGGGGCUGUCCAAUGAUCUAUUUGGCCUCCAACACAAAUAUUAGAAGAGCCCGGUUACUGAUUGUAUUAUACUGAUUAGAAGAUUUUCAAUGUAUAAAGAGGAAAGUGGUUUUGAGGUUUGACACAAAAUAAAUAUUUUAUUUAGACUGAAACAUCUGAAAUAUUCCACAAUUAAAGGGAUAGUUCACACAAAAUUGUGUAAUCACUUACUCGCCCACUGAUGUUGUUUUCCAGACCAUAUGACUUGAACUCCCCUCGAGGCUUGCCGUAGAAGACAUAUGUCUAUAUGCAGCUUUCAUUGAGUUAAAAAAAAAUACAUUCAAUAAAAAAACAGACUGUUGUGCCUCCACAUUCUGAUUUUAAUUAGUCAUUUUAGUGUAGGAGAGAAAAUGCAGGAAAAACGCUUGGUGACAGAAUCACUAUUACAGUCAGUGUUUGUGAUGAAAUGUGUCUGUGACUGCGAUCGCAGAUGAAAACGUUCAAAUCAGUUUGACAUCUUGUCAGUUCUUCAGAAGCUCAUUGGUCAUUUGACGAGAACACAAGACCUCGCCUUGGCGACAGAACGAUUUUUUUCAAGCAAGCUUGAAAUGCUUUUUCAGUUUUUGAAGCCAUUAACCCAGUGGGGAGUCUUGACGGUCAAGUGAUUAACGACCUCCUGCUGAGAGACGCAAUUUUCGCACUUCUUCUCUCACCUACUGGUCGGUGAAUAUGUAAAUUAAGCUUACACCUGAAAAUCACUGCAAAAAUCGGCUGGUGUGGCACCUGCUUUAGUCACCAUUCACUUUCAUUGCAUCCUUUUUUUCAAACCAUGACCAUAAUUGGUAACUGAGGCUAACAUUCUGCAAAUAAAAUCUCCUUUGUGUUCCACAGAAGAAUGAAAGUCACACAGGUUUGGAAUAACAUGACGGUGACUAAAUGAUGAAAGAAUUUUUAUUUUUGGGUGAAAUACAAAUGGUUGUAAACACUUCUAUUCAACACUACCAGAUUAUAGCAAUCACUAAUAUAUUCCCAUAAUAAUGAUUGCAUAAUUGUAAUGUCCAAUAGAGAAUGGAGGCAAUGUUUAUGCAAAAUUCAUAGGUUUAUAUAACUUGAACAAUUCACCUUUAAUGAAACCUGUUCCCUUAAAACAAGUUGCCAUCCUGGCCUGUUUUGGGAAAAUCACAGCACAUUUGCUCUUCACCGAGUACUUACAUUGGAGGGUGUUUUUAUUUUUGUCACUUCAUCUAUCUCUGAUUUUUGCUCUAAGAUAGUGAAGUUGAGGCAGUGCAUCUGUGUACUCUCAUCAAUCAUUUACUUUCAGUAAUAUUUCCAAUAAGACUAUUUCAUUUAUCUUUGUUCAUGUAUAUUCUCAAGUUGUACAGAUCUUUCUAUGAGUCUGCCAAACAUGAACCUUAUUGACUGAAAAUAAUAAUGCUCACAGAGCAAGAAUCUUAAAAGGAAAAACAGAUCAUAUCUUUGAGACAACUUUACAAAUACAGUAUAUUCUCUUUCCUGGCAUUUUCUUCUUUUUUCUGUUGUAUGUGUCCAUCUGUGUGUGUUUUUAUUUGUAUUUUUUAAUCAUUCUCUUACUCUCUUUUUUUCAAUUUCUGAUGCAUAAUAAUAAUAAUCUUUCUGAAAAAUACUGUAUAAUAAUUUUGCUAAUAUAUCCUAAAGUAAGCUCAAAUGUCUAUAUGUAUGCUAGUCCUAAUGUUUGUGAAAUGUAACUGUAGCUUCCACCCACCAUUAUAUAGUUUUGGUGAUGUGUAUAUUCUUCCAAGCUAUUUUUUGCACUCUAUAUGCUAAAAUUUCAAUAAAAUUCAGAUCAAACUAUCUUGUUUUA